UUUAAGUGAUUUACGCGUUAAAUUCCACUAGAACCUGUAAACAAUGGACGGAUCAGUGUUGAAGGAAGCGCUGAACAUCAGCGAUUUGCUCGGCGAACAUGGUGCCCAGUUUCAGAUCAGCACAAAGUACAACGACCACGGGGGGGAGUUCUUCAUGGAAGACGACUACGGCAGUGCCGACGAGGACGAGGAUGCCCACCGGAAGAUAAUGAGCCCCUGGGAUAGGAGUUUCGAUGAGCUGCGUGCGCAAAUGUUUAUGGUGUCGGAGUUUGUGUACAAACGCAUCACCAAGCAGGGUGUUGGUGAAGAGCUGGUUCCGGAUCGCGCCCGGGUCACAAUCGAUUACAAUGGGUACUUUGAGAGCGAGACGUACGCGUUCGAUUCCACUUCGAUGCGUGGCGAAUUCAAGACAUUCACCAUCGGCAAAGACGAAGUGGUCGGAGGUUUGGAGGAAGCGGUCAAGUCCAUGAAACCCAGCGAGGAGGCACAAUUCGUGAUCGGAUAUCAGGUUCUGUUUGGUGAACUGGGAUGCAAACCACGGAUCAAACCCAAAGCUGACGCCUUGUUUAUCGUGAAGCUGGUUAGCUUUACCGAUCCAGGUGAUGCAGAGGCCUUGGAUAAACUGACCCAAGAGGAGAAAAUGACCUACGCUGUGGUGAAGCAGAAAGUUACCGACACCAGGACUCACGCCAAGGACUUCUUCAAGCGGAACAUGGUUGCGAAUGCAAUCAACGAUUACCACAAAGCCGUCAACUUCCUGGAACGGUGCAACGUGAAGGACGAGGAAGAACAGAAAGAGCAAACCGAAACACUGAUUUCGCUGUACACGAGCCUGGCCGUUUGCUACAACAAAAAGGAAAAUCCUCGUCGGGCCUGUUCGAUGAUCAACGAAAUCCGUCGUCUCGGAAAUAUUGAUCGUAUGUCACGACCGUUGUUCCACGAGGGACGGGCCCUGAUGAACCUGGGAGAAUACCAGCGUGCCAAGACCAGUUUGUUGAAAGCUCAGCGACUGGAACCGACCAACAAGGACAUCGUAAAGGAGUUGAAAAUUUUAAACGAACGCUGGGAAAAGCAUCGACAGGAAGAACGAACCAUAUGUGCGCGUGCUUUCGGUUUGAAAGAACGCAAGGACGAGCGGCAAACCGACGAGCAGAUCAAAUUUACGGAAACGAUGACGAAAACGCUGGAGGCAUUUGUGGAAGACGAGAAAAGCAAACAGCUUACCCUCCCGGAAGGGUUGACCAGCAAGGAGAUGGAUACGAUUCAGGAUUUGGCCGAUGGGUUCGCUCUGAAGCUGAAUCUGCACAAGGAGAACAGCAAGGAUUUCUACCGACUCGAGAAGAAAACAGUCGGGGGAGAAAAUGAGAAGUGAAACGGUUGUUCGGAGCAAUGGAGCGUAAUUCGAACUUGAUUUGUACCUUUUACUUUGAAUGAUAAAUAUAUGAAUUACAUGGACUAAA